AUGGCUAGCAACGACGUCCUGACCGCAUCAGGCUAUAUCAAACACCAUCUCCAGAACCUGACGUUCGGAAAUCAUCCUGAACAUGGCUGGUCGAUCGCGCAUAGCGCACAGGAAGCCGCCGACAUGGGGUUCAUCGCGAUUCACCUUGACAGCAUGUUCUGGUCAAUUUUUCUCGGCGCACUGUUCCUGAUCGUGUUCCGUCUUGUUGCAGUACGCGUUACCAGUGGCACGCCCGGAAAGCUUCAGAACUUCAUUGAGUGGAUCGUAGAUUUUAUUGAAGAUAAUGUGCGUGGUUCGUUUUCCGGUAAGAAUGACCUGAUCGCCCCGCUCGCACUCACACUGUUCGUCUGGAUUCUGUUGAUGAAUCUGAUGGAUCUGGUGCCGGUCGACUGGAUUCCCGAGCUGGCAAAACUGCUCGGUAUCGAAUAUAUGAAAGUGGUCCCGACAACCGAUCCGAACAUCACCUUCGCAAUGGCAUUGUCAGUGUUCGUUUUGAUGAUUUACUUCAACAUCAAGAACAAAGGCGUUAGCGGGUUUCUUGGCGAGUUGACACUACAGCCUUUCGGCAAAUAUAUGAUGCCAAUCGGAGAUAACAUUAUGGAAGCAGCAUUGUAUUUUAUCGCUGGUGCCGUUCUGCUCGGUAUGGGCGCAGUCGGAGCCGCAAUCGGAAUUGGAAUUCUCGCCGCUCGAUUUAUCGAAGCAAUCGCGAGACAACCCGAACUGCUGCCAAUGCUGCGCGUUCAGUUCUUCAUCAUGAUGGGACUCGUCGAUGCGGUUCCGAUGAUCGGUGUCGGUAUCGCAUUCUACAUUCUGUUCGCAGUCGCGUGA